GAACUAUUAAUUAGAACUGAGACGAUCACACACAUAAAGAAUCGCAUUCUUGCUUUGCCGUGAGAAAGUUUGAAAUGAAAAUAAAUUGUGAUACUUUGCCUGUGUACAUACAUAAAGAGUCUUGGGCAUUGCAUAUACUUACUAUAGCUUCAGCCAAUUGUUGUGACAGCUAAACAUUAAAUCUUUUCACACAAAAAAAAAAAAAAAAGGGAAAGACUUGUAAGCCUUGAAUCUGUAACCCAUGCAUCAUCUUGACCACACUCCUUCCGAUCGUCUCUUAUGCCCAGUAGAACGAAUUCAAAAAGAUAAAGAUGGCAAAGUGACAACAAUUAGUGGGGGAAUCCAUUACAUAAUCAAAAGUUCCUAUUUCAUUUCUAACGCUGAAGACGAAAAGCCUGUUCAUCUCCUCUCCUUGAUUCUUCGCAACCGAAAAGAAGACAAGGUACUAUCUUUUACUUUUUGCUAUGUUUGUCAGAUAGCACUAUUAGGUGAAGCCUAUUACGUUUACUUCUGCAGCUAUUGCCCCAAUUACUACCACAAAGAAUGUGUUGAGUCUCCUUCCGUGUUUCAUUCCUCUGAUCAUCCAAAACAUCCUCUUCAACUUCUCUGGAUUCCCGACAUGUCUUUAGAAGAAGAACGUGAUAAACGAUGUUGUUCUUGUAAACGUGGCGUAGACGCACUAUUUUACUAUUGCUCUAUUUGCGAUUUUGCAGUCCAUAUGGCAUGUGCGGGAAAUCCAACAUCCCCAACCAUUGACAAUCCAAAAAGGCAUAAGCAUACCCUUCAUUACUUUCCCAGGAAAUCCGGUCUGUUUUGCGAUGUUUGUGCGUUGGUGGACGAUUCUGAUUACUUAUAUGUAUGUCUCCUAUGUGAUUUCAUUGUCCAUAAACGAUGUGUCUACUUACCAUAUGUCAUAAAGGUGUCUCGUCACAAUCAUCGUCUCACUUUUACUCCCAAUCUUCCUUACGAAGAACCAACGGUGACGGAUUGUGGAGUUUGUCAUGCAAAGAUAAACGAAAAUUACGGAGAAUACUCUUGCACUAAGAAGGGAUGCGUUUAUGCAGUGCAUUCCAGAUGUGCUAUGCAAAGUGAUGUGUGUGACGGGAAAAAACUUGAAGGAGAGCCUGAAGAAGUAUAUGAAGACACUAAAAUGUUUGAGGAGAAAGGCGAUGGGAUUAUACAGCAUCAGAGUCAUCCACGUCACCAAUUGAGACUUGAAAAAAUAUUCCACGAUGAAAGCCAUCAUUGUCAAGCGUGCAGACGUCCUUCUUAUGAUCAUGGUGGUAAUGUGUAUCGAUGUAUGCAAUGUGAUGAUUUCAUUUUUCAUGAAUCGUGUGCAUAUCUUCCUCGUACUAAACAAUUUAUGCUACAUGUUCAUCCAUUGACUCUAGAUCCCAGUUACAAUUUCAUAGAUUGGUUCCAAUGUGGGAAAUGUUAUCGUUACUCUUGCGGUUUCCGGUGCAUGUGUUCGUGUGCCGUGUGACUUUUUUCCGGUGUUGGACACACUUUGUGCUUCUAUAUGUGAGCCGUUUGAUCAUCACUCUCAUCCACAUUCCUUGUUCAUUACUAGUGGUGAACACGAAAGCAAAAUCUGUUCCAUCUGUCAAUCAUCGGAGCCACAACCUUUAAAUUGUUUGAAAUGCGAUUUUGUUUUGUGCUUUUAUUGUGCCACUCUUCCUCAUAAAGCAAGGUACAAACAUGAUGAGCAUUUCCUCACUUUUUCUUAUGAAGAAGAUGCAAAUGAUGAGCUUUAUGGUUGUGAAAUAUGCGAGGAAGAUAUAAAUCCAAAGAAUGGGUUAUAUGCAUGCAACGAGUGCGGAGUCACACUCCACAUCGAAUGUUUACUAGGGAGAGAUCCGAAUACGACGCCUGGAUCAUUUUCAAAUUCGGUAGGAACGUUGUAUAUUCUUCCCAACACUUAUUCAACUCGACCUAUAUGCACAACAUGCAGAAGACGUUGUCCGUACCAAAUAAAGAUAAAUUCAUCGGGCGGUCCCUAUAUAUUCUGCUCUUUUGAUUGCUAUCAAAGAUUGUGUCGUAGCGAAGACUGGUCCUAA